AGAGCCCUGCUCUCCCUGGCUAACUCUGCUCCUGCUGACACUAUCCCCUCGGGGAUUACCUCGGCUUAAGUUAACUGUAGCAGCUUGGGGAAGGGCAGCACUGUGCCUGAAGCAGGAUCUCCUUCUGUUUGUGCCUCCACCUCCCACUUCUGCCCAGCACGAUAAGAGCCAGCCUGGUAUCAUGGACGAGUAUGUGCAGCAGCACCGUGUCUACAUUCCGAGGUCAGAGAGGACAAUGUCUGAGAAGAUCAAGAAGGCGCUCACAAUUCAAAGCAGCACCGUGAGGGAGCUGCUGGCAGAAACACUGGGAACGUUCAUCCUCAUGGUUUUUGGCUUGUCCUCUGUGGCACAAGUGGUAUUAGGAAAAGGAAACACUGGUCAGUAUCUGAGCAUCAAUAUGGCAUUUGGCAUUGGUGUUACUCUGGGAAUCCAUGCAUCUGGAGGAGUAUCUGGAGGUCAUCUGAAUGCUGCCAUCACCAUUAUGGAGUACCUUUUAGGAAACCUCAACUGGAAAAAGCUCAUAGCUUAUAUGACCGGCCAGUUCCUGGGCUCCUUUAUGGCAGCAGCCACCGUCUUUGGCCUCUACUAUGAUGCUCUGUACGACUACACCAAAGGGAACUUCACAGUGACAGGACCGACUGCCACUGCGCCGAUCUUCGCCACUUACCCCGCUCCCAAUGUAUCCUUGCUGGGGGCCUUCUUUACAGAGUUCACAGCGACAGUUAUGCUGGUCCUGGGUGUUCAGGUCAUUCACGAUGAGAAAAACAAUGCAGCCCUGAAAGGCACUCAGCCCCUGAUCACUGGUAUCCUGGUCCUGGGCAUCGGCCUGGGAAUGGGGAUGAACACAGGCUAUGCCAUAAACCCUUCCCGGGACCUGCCCCCCAGGGUCUUCACAGCAAUUGCUGGCUGGGGAACAGAAGUCUUCACGGCUGGACGUAACUGGUGGUGGGUACCAGUCACAGCUCCAGUUCUGGGAAGUCUUGCUGGUGUUUUAAUGUACAAACUCUUCAUUGACUUUCACAACCAAGCUGAUGAGGAUAUUGAAAAUAAGAAAGAACAGAGAGGUGUGGAGACUUCCAGGCUGUGACAACCACGUGCUUCGAUAACACACAGGAGGAGCCCACCAUUUGUCCAACAUGCAGAUGAGGGACUAGUCUUCAGUAAACCCACUCUGCUUAACCAGACAAA